AUGCCUAUCCCUGACAUCAAUUCAGUCAGCAAUGAAGAGUAUGAUUCGCUACUCGUAAAUCUUCUGGACCCGUCGCUGGGACUCAAGGAAACUUGUUUAAAGCUUAGCGGGGUGGUCGGUAUGAUUCAGCACUUGCAAGAUUUGGGAGAGUCGGAAAUCAGAACAUUCCUGGCUCAAGAGAUCAAACGACGAGUCAAAGACGUUCUGGGCAGUCCUGAGUCUUCGGACAUAUCUGAGGAAGAAGAAGAAGAAGAUGGUGAUGGUGAUGAUGAUGAUGAUGAUGAUGAUGAGAGCAUGGCAGACGAGAGCACAUCAAAUGCAGGGAUCAGCCAGGACGUAGACGUGGUCGGCCUUGAUGGAUUGAAAAGCAUUGACUUCUCUCGGGUCUCAGGCUUCAGCUCAAGAUGA